AUGAAGAGCUUCAGAGCCCCUGUCCUUCUCCCAGCCUUGUUGGCCCUGGUGCCUAGCGCCUUAUCUCAAUGCUUCAACGACACGAUAACCUAUUCCUCGACCCAAUCGCUCUCGAGCACGGUCCAAUUCACUUCUUGCGACGGAGCGGCAGACGGCCCGCGGGUUUACCCCAUCGACCUUACCUCUUAUGAUUGGUGGUACUUUGACGCUGUCUCCGACGAUGGGACACAGGCUCUCGCGAUUGUAUUCUAUACAGCUUCAUUCCUUGGAUUUCCAAAUACGCCCGCCCUGCAAGACAUACUGAAUGUCGGCAUUACUGCAACCUUUCCCAACGGUACACAAGUGAGCACGACAGCUCUGGCAACAUCCGUGACUGUCCAUACCAUCGGAGAUGGAGCUUCGGGCAACUGGACAGGGAGUGGAUGCAGCUUUACCGGCACACCCGAUCUGAGCCAGUACGCAAUUACGAUCGAUAACCCGUCCCUGGGCGUUUCCGGAACCGUCGACUUUAUCUCGCGUGGUCCUGGACACUACCCAUGCAGCCCUCUUGUUGGUGGGGCGCAAGAGCAGAUUGUGCCUCAUGUUGGCUGGGCGAACGUCCUUCCUGGUUCGGAUGCUACUGUCCAUAUGAAUUUUGGAGGCACACCCAUGGUCUUCAACGGCAACGGGUAUCACGACAAGAACUGGGGCGACAUUCCCUUCACGAGUGCCGUCAGCAGCUGGUACUGGGGCCACGGCACCUUCGGAGAAUAUAACAUGGUCUGGUUCGACGCGCUGGAUCCCCAAGGCACGGAAACCGUCAGUGGCUACGUCCUGAAGAACGGCGAGGUGGUCGGCUCCACCUGUGCGCUCGGCACCGCUGGACUUCAGGUUCGCCCGGUCGGCACGCCGUAUCCGCCAACCAUCCUCACGCCGGACCCGAACCAGUUUACCAUUGUCAUGAAACUGAACAACGGAGACAUUCUGAACGCCACGGUCACCAGCUACAACAAACAGGUCGACUCGUCCGCCUACUCUCGCUGGUUCGGAGAUAUUUCCGCCAGCAUCAACGGGGUGCAAUCAUCCGGUUCGGCCCUGUGGGAGCAGUUCAAAUUCAGUCUCUAA